AUGUUGCCACUUAACACCCGUUGGACAAAGCCUCAAGACCUUGAUGGCUAUAACAUGACUCUGAUGCCAGAAGCGCUCAUUGAUCCAUUUGGCAGUGAUGCAUUGGUCACGCUGAGCAGCUAUGCGCCAAACAUACGCGAUGCAAAGAAGUACAAAGACUGGGUUUAUGUUGCAUCACCGGUUCAAUACUGCAAAAUAGAGCUGGAGCUCAAGUUGCCGCUCUUGGACCAUCUCUCUGGUAAAUACGCUCUAGAUGCAUCAAAGCAUGCCACAGCACUGAUCAAUGGAAAGCAGUCAAUCCAUCUUUCUCAGCUUGUUGA